GCUUCUGAAGUGAAACAUGUCCUCUCCUGCUGAAACUAUGAGUCCUGUUCAGGAUUUCAGAGACUUUAUCACCCAGAGACUAACGGCUGCUGCGGCGGAGAUCUUCACCGUGUUUGAACAAACCGUCGCUCAGUACGAGGAGGAGCUCGAGCGGCAGCGGAGGCUGCUGCAGGUCGGCUGGAGACCCGGAAUAAAGUUACACAGAAUCGAAAAUGCAGAUCAGCCUGUCUGUGAAGAAGACGAGUUGUGGGACCAGGAGGAAGCUGUGCAGCUGAAAGAGGAAGAGGAGGAUGAGGAGGAGGUGGAGGCUGAGGUGAGGAUCGACUGUGACGACCGGGAGCCUCCGUGGAUCAAAGAGGAAGCAGAGGCUCCAGAAAUCGCCGCGGACCUGGAGGAACGCCGCGGCGCUCGGGAGGACCGGCAGCUCGCCGAGGGCUUCACGGAGGAGUUCAUGCUCCAGGGUCCGCUCGGGGGCGGAGCCUCCGGAUCCAGCGGGGACCUGGAGCCCGGCCAAUCACGUCUGGGGACAGACACGGACGGCCCCGCCCCCUCCCGCAUCCUCCGGCGGCUCAACGUGGACGACGACGACCGCCUGGAGUUCGUCAUCAUCGGGGACGAGUUGGCGCUCGUGUCCCAGCUGCAGGACGAGCGGCGAGGUGUCGCGGCCGAGAAGCCGUUCCUCUGCAAGACCUGCGGGAAGCGCUUCCGGCUGCAGCGGUCGCUGUGUCUGCACACCCGGACGCACACCGGCGAGAGGCCGCACUGCUGCGAGGUCUGCGGGAAGCGCUUCCGCCAGCCCAGCCACCUGCUGGUGCACCGCCGCAUCCACACCGGCGAGAAGCCCUACUCCUGCAAGACCUGCGGACAGACGUUCCGGCAGUACGGGAACCUGUUCACCCACAGCAAGAGGCACGCCCGGGCGGCGCCCGACGCCCCGGGCUGGAAGUGAACCCGCCGCCGGCUGGGUUUUCUGCGCUGCAGUGAGACGCGGCGCUUCUGCCUCUUUAUUUAUUGAACCUCCGUCCAGAGGAGACGCGUCCGCCGCUCCGCUGCUGGAGAAACAGCCCAGAGGAAGAGGAAGCCGCGUCUGUUUGUGGGAAAAUAAAACAA